GCGCUGUGCCUCCUUCUGCUGGGGUCCCCCCAGCACACCCCUGCACAGCCUGCAUGCAGACAGGAAGAGUUCCCGGUGGGCUUGGAGUGUUGCCCCAAGUGCGGGCCAGCCCCAGGUGACACACAGAUAGCAAAGGGCUGGAGCCCUGGGACAAACUCUGCAGCCUGGACUUCAACUCGGGAUCCUGGCCCUCCCGUGUCCAGGCAUGGGCUUGGGGGGGUGUGGUGGCAUGCAUGAGCCCAGGCUGAGGCUGAGACGACAGGGCCAGGCCCAGGGGCCAGGAGGCCAGGCAUGCCUCCAGACCCGCCCUGCCCCAAAGCAGGUGCAUUCCUGGAAGGCCACUGGGCCAUGGGAUCCCUGGGGACAGCUAGAUGACCUGCAGUCUUCAUGGGUGGUGUCACAUGUACUUGGUGCUGGGUUGGGGUGACAGGCGAACCCUGUGGCUUCCUGCUGCUGAGCUCUGUCACCCGGCCGCAGGUUUCCACGUGAGGCGAGUAUGCAGCGAGCUGACGGGCACUGAGUGCUCGCCCUGCCCUGCGGGGACCUACACAGCCCACCCCAAUGGCCUGAGGCAGUGCCUGCACUGCCAGGCCUGCGAGCCAGGCAUGGGCCUGGUGACCAGGCGGAAGUGCUCCAGCACCCAGGACACUGUGUGUGACUGCAUUCAGGGCCACUUCUGCAAGGCCCAGGAAGGGGACCACUGUGUCCUGUGUGAGCCCCACAGCACCUGCCUCGCUGGCCAGAGGGUGAAGGAGAGAGGCACCAGCAGUCAAGACACACUCUGUGCUGACUGCCCGCCAGGCACCUUCUCACCCAAUGGGACCCUGGACCAGUGUCUGCCCUGGACCAGGUGCAGCUGGUUUCAGAGAGAAGUGGAGCCCAGCACCAGCAGUGAGGAUGUCACCUGCUCCCUCUCGGGCCUCAUUUCUGGGCUCUGUGUGACCUUCUUUCUCCUUGGGCUUUCCUUGGUCAUCUGGAUAUGGAAGAAAAGAAAACGGUCACUUGGCUUUGGAGCCUCGAUGACCAGCGCUGCCCAGGGGCAGAAGUGGGGCGGAGCAGAAGAGCCCGAGGUGACUGAGGUGCUGCAGGCCUGUCCCGACGUCACCACCGUGGCUGUGGAGGAGACGGCCAUGUGCAGAGAGAGUGACCCCCACCGCUGACCGCUGGGUUGGGAAAGCAGUGGCUCAGUUCUAGGAUGGCACCGCUGGCACCAUGCUGAGAUGGAGUGGUGGCACUAAGGUCCCCACAGGCUGUGCAGCCCGAGUCUGUCAUCACCCAGGAAGCCAGUGCCACAGACGGUGCAGGCCCUGCUCCCAGCCCUUCCAGCGCUCACCCAGCUCGGCUGCUGUCCUGCCUGUGUCCCGGAGCCUGGUCUUGGUCAUCUGUUGGCCGGCAGCUCUGCCUGCCCCAGGGUGGGCUGGCCGCAGAGGUGGCCUGAAACCCCUGUCCUGUUUUAUAAGGUCUAUUUAUACCCAGACAUGUCAUCCCUGUAUAAGUCCCACUUUUAAUCAGCCCUCCACCCGCUGGGACUCCCACCUGCACCACAAUGGCUUGGGGGCCACCACGCAGGGCUGGGACCACAGCUCGGGGCAUCUUCUGGGAGGAGCUGCGUCCCCACCUCACUCUAGACCUUGGGGUGACCUCGGGGCUCCUUUGUUCCUCACGGGGUCAACUCCACUCUCAUCCUUGUUUCUGUCCUGCGGUCUCUGUGGGCUCUUUUCCCACAGGGCCCUGGGGUCCUUCCCUCAGUGUCGCAGGAGAACCUCCAGCAUUUCUGGCUCAGCUGGCUUGUCCCCGCCCCAUCUCCUGACAGUGCUGGGUGCUUUAUGGAGGACAGGGCUUAGGGGCCAACCCCGGAUGAGUCCUGGGCCUCAAGCCUGCUAGGCAACAGCUCUUCCACUGAGCGAAACCCAUGCCUUUCACUUGAGUUUGCUUUUAAAAUUUACUUUGUGACAUUGUCUGCUAAGUUGCCCAGGCUGGCCUUGAACUUUCGGAUCUGUCUUCCACUGCUCCAUGGGUACAUGUGCUCAUUGUGGGGAGUCUGGGCCUCUAGGAAUUCACUGUGGACAGACUUAGGAACCCUCCUUCCACAGGUAUGCAGGUGUGGACAUAGAGGCAGGCGUGCAGAGGUGUGAAACCGAUGUGUGUGUGGCCUCACACUGGGUGAGACUCAAGCACGCUGUGUGCGUCUUGCUGGGCACUAGUGCUUGUGGGUCCCUUGCCAGGUGCAAACCUGCCCCUUAACCAGACCCCGCCGGCUGGUACUCUGGUCAGUGUCAUAGCUCGGCUGGCCGAGCAUCGGUGGCUGUGUGGACAGUGCUGCAGGUUAAUUUUUAUUUCAUCCUUGUUUUUUUUUUUUAAAUUUUUUUUUAUCAGUACCAGGGAUGAAACUCACGACCGCCUGCUUGCAAGGCAGGUGCUUAUGCUGCUGAGCUAAAUCCCCAGCCCCUCGUCCUUGUUUUUAAGUGUGUGAGUUUAGUCCUUUGGAAUCUGGUUGUAUUCACUGCUUGAGUCUGACUUUUCUCUGCACUGUCAUUUCUGCCCUUUAUUUUCAUCUGACUGUCUGUGUCCUGUCUAAUCCGUCUUCCUACUUUUUUGAAUUGUGGGACAUUAAAAAGCCUUUAGUGCUUCUUUAGUGGCCCAGGAGGUCCAAAAGAGGCAAGGACCGGCGGAUUGUGUGUGCUGCCUGCAGGGCUCCCCCUCUGCAGGGACGACUCGGGAGCGCUGGCAGCAUGGCACUCGGGGGCUGCCUUGUGAGGCACCGAGGCAGACAUCAAACCAGGACUCCAGCGAGGCGGGGAGAAGGCCUUCCAGUGACACCCGGGAUCCAUCCGCGUCCACCAGGUCCCACCUCUCCCCGGUGCCGUUCACGCAUGCUGAUCCAGCAUGACAGGACUCCUGAGUCGUGAUACUGUGAUGGUGCCGAUCAACCCUUUCUGUUUUCUCCAAAUCCUUCCCAGCAGACUGAAAAAGAAAAAGCCACUGAUGGAGUCUGGAGCUUUAUGACCCGAUCCGGGGUGGGUCAAUCCCAGAGACAGGUGGUGUUGCCUGAGAACCAGGAACAUUCUGGCUUGGAUGGAGUCACUUUUUUUUUGGUAUCAGGAAUCAAACUCAGGACCUGCUUGACAGGCAGGCACUUACACUGCUGAGCUAUAUCCCUGCUCUCAGGAAGAAGUCACUUUUGUCCUAACUACCUUAUAAGCUGCCUGCCUCUGGGGUAGAUCUCAGAUUUCUGCUGUCCAGGACCACACAUCUGCCCUUCAGCCCCCAGCGGCUUGCACCCUGCAGUCCUGGCUGCAUAUGUUCUGUCUCAAGGCUCCUUUGGGUGCUUCUGUUCUCUGGGCUGGUUGCUCCAAAGUGUCACUUCUCAACAGAGCUUCAGAUGCCUUAAGUACCCACACGGCUGGAAGGGUGGCAUCUAGCCCACUCUUGGGGGCCUACAUCUGCCUCUCAGGUAUCAACAGAACCAGGACACUGAAGAUCUCGACGACAGAGGCCAGCACAGCCCUACAGCCGCCCCGGCUUCCCGGAUACCUCGAGGGCUGUGGGCCUUGAGAUCUUUCUCCAGCUCUUGGAGCACUUUACUCAGGAGGUGCUUAGCAAUGCACUGUGGUGACCCUCGGUGCUGGGGGCUUGCGGAUCCCACAGGAGAGGAGCACCGCAUUCGUCCUGAUGGGGCUUGUGUUGCAUGAAGUUGAAGACUGCAGUUGCUGACCGCGGGGCAGGGAAGCAGAGUGUUUACUGGGAGUCUAGGGGAAGGCUGAUAGACCCGGCCAGCCUGGGCGCAGCUAUCUCUAGCAUGACAUCCGCCCAGCUUGGUACGGGGCCCGGAGGAGCAACUUAUCUCUCCAAGAGGAACUUCUGUGCUCUUCUGGCUCCAGAGAUAGACCCGCAGCUCCUUUUCAGGCACGCGCUGAGCCCUCUCCAAUCCCAAGCCUCCACCCCCAGCCCCCAGCCCCCAGGAAAUCUUUCUGUGUCCUUAUUUGCACAUGCAGAUGCUCAUGUGUCACUUCACCCACCCCCAGACUCCUCCCCUAGCCAGAUUUAACAAAAUGGCCGAGCUCUGUCCUGAGGGGAUGUGGGUGUUUGCCUCUCUACUGCAGCCCUCUGUGCCCACAAUAAAGGCCUCCUUUCUACUUA